GUGUGUGUGUGUGUGUGUGUGUGUGUGUGUGUGUGUGUGUGUGGGGGUGUGUGGGGGUGUGUCAGUCAUCGCACGCACCUCCCUGUCGUAUAACACAGCCGGAACACGCGGGCUAACUUCAUAUGCACACUUUCUUCGACACGCUGGGGAGAACAUCGAGUGUAUCACUGUCUGAGCGGAGAUCAUGUAACACCGCCUCUGGAAUGUUUUACUCGCGAAAAACGUGCUCUGCGACCUUCAAACAGACGUUUCGGACUUCCUCUCUCGAACAGCUCUCGUGCGCGUGGAACAGCUUUCGUUAGUAGUGUUAGAUGCAGGUGUAUCAACAUUAUGAAAUUCUGCGCGGUCUUUGCUUACCGCGGGUCACGGAGCAACUACAACAUUUGAAAACCGCCUGACUGACAUCUGUUGUUUACGAUAUACACAUCGGUGGAAUUCUCGUUUCGCGUCCAUCAGAGGGAAUAAUUUUAAUCUGUUCUUCGGAAUUGGACGGACCAGAGCGAUGUCAAUUUCAUCGGAAUAGUGAAGCGAAUCAACUACCUGUAAAUUUGUAAUGCAGACAAACGCGCAUAUCUGGUGGAAAUCUGACAAAGGAGAAAGUAAUGUAGAUCGUCUAUCCAGACACAGCAGUCUUAAAGCGAGCCACUUGAACAACUGCUCAUAUAAAUCUACUGCGUUCUCGACAUUGCUGUUUCGAAAAGAAAUAAUUCCAGCCAAGAUGGAGACGGUCUCACAGAGUAUUGGCGGCCAACUAGAGCGCGAAUUCUUAGACUCAUUCAACUUCGACCAUCUCUACCUAGAUUUAGGAAGAGCCGUGACACCAGGCUGCGAUCCACCCGUGGCAAAGAGCGUCCCAUCCAGCCCGAUCCCGGACAUCGGUACGCUCGUCGGCACACUGAACGUCGCCACUGCCGACUCAACGUGCUGCAUGCCUCCUACAGGCGAUGACAAUACGCGUAGCUGGCCGCAAACGUACUGCCAGAGAGACUGGGGUGCAGGUGAUCGGAACAAUCGCGGCAUGGAUUGCUACGCGUCCACAGAGAUUCACAGCUCCCCAUUCAGCGACGGCUUCUUCUCGAACAAAGCGACGACGUCGCCGAGCUACCAGAAUUCGACGAGCGACGUCAACAGGCAGACGGAGACGCACGGCGACGCGUCGUCGUCGUCGUCGUGCAGCGACGAGUAUCGCCUCGUCAUGGCAACGGGCGUAGAAGAUGCUCAGCUUCUUCAUCUCUCCGUCAAGGACUUGAACAAGAGGCUGAUCGGUAAGCCCCGCGAGGAAGUGAUGCGCAUCAAGAAGAAGCGACGCACGCUGAAGAACCGAGGCUACGCACAGAGCUGCCGCUCGAAGCGCGCCCAGAUAUGGUCGACGCUGGAAGAAAAAAUCUCCCAACUCGAGGAUCGUCUGAUAUCUUCCGAGAAAAAAAACCAACAACUCAUUCAAGAGCGAGAUUAUUAUUACAGCCAAUGGCGGAGAUGCUCUGCAAAACCACAAACUAGUUUCCCGUGCUCGAUUACUGAGCGUCCCUGUAACAGUCCUGCCAUCUAUAAGACCACAGCAGCCAUGACUGUUCCUAGCGCAUCCUUUAUUGUGUGAUUGGCUUCUAUUUUCAAGCGCACAUUAAUUAAUUAUGAGUUAAAUACAUGAAGUAUACUUAUAUGUGGCGCUUAAUUAAUGGCGGUAAAAUAUGCGUUCGUUGCACCGAAAUUUUGUUUUCAGUUUGAAAAAUUGUGGUAGAAUCAUUCAAAAUUGAGGCAUAGCAAAAUAUAUUAUUAUAUAUAGCAAAAGU